AAACUGCGAAUGCACCAUUAGCUCUAGCUCAUCGACAUGGUGUUUAGCAAGCUCAUUCCUUAAUUUUUGAUUUUUAUUCAACUUAUAGUUUUAAUGGACGACCGUGAGCUUGACCUGACUGGGGCACAGAAAGCUAUCAAAUCUAAAUAUCCUCCUAUCAACAAGAAAUAUGAGUACCUGGAUCACACAGCAGAUGUGCAAAUUCACUCCUGGGGAGACUCGUUGGAGGAGGCUUUCGAGCAGUGUGCCAUGGGGAUGUUUGGCUACAUGACCGACACAGAGACGGUGGAACCGAUCGAUACUGUUGAAGUGGAAUCAGAGGGUGAAGAUCUGGAGUCUCUUCUGUUCCACUUCUUAGAUGACUGGUUAUACAAGUUUUCUGCAGAUCUCUUCUUUGUCCCCAGGGAGAUCAAAGUCGUUUCCAUUGAUAGAAUGCAUUUUAAAAUUCGCUCCAUUGGGUGGGGUGAAGAAUUUUCUCUGGAAAAGCAUCCUCAGGGAACUGAAGUGAAAGCUAUCACAUACUCUGCAAUGCAGAUCCACGAUAAGGAGAAGCCAGAGAUAUUUGCCAUCAUUGAUAUUUGAGAAUUCUGGUUCGAUGAAACUGCUGAUUUUAUAUAGCCUUUUUUUUUUCUUUGGAUUACUAUUUUAUUUCACUUGUAAAAUAAGGUGUAUUGGGUUUGAUGAUUUGCUUUAUAUUUAACUCUCCUUAUAGUUUAUUUAACUCUGGGCUCUUGUCUAUGUGUUUAAUGUAAAACUUCAGAAAAAUGAAAUAAAUAAAUUGCAGCACUAUAAAUGGUGUCUAUGGUUUAAAAUCAGGAUGUUUACUUGAAGUCGUUAAUAAAACUGAUUAAAAAACUUGAUCAAAAUUGUAUUUUGAUAAAUAUAUUAAACGGUUCAUCUGUUUUCUUCUAUGAUGUAGUUCAUAUUGUUAUAAUUACUCAAAUUUUAGUUUGGUGGGUUUGUUUUGUAUUUUGUAUUUAAUAUGAAAAGGGAAAUUCCUUUACCAGAGCUAAAUGUGUUUGUUUUCCUAGUAUUUUCAACAUAUUUAACAAAACUCUGGAAAUGAAAGGUUUUGGUUUAAUAUAAAUGUUAUUUUGUUUAAGCCACACAAAAUAAUCAAACUGAAUCUUUUUUUUAAGACAAAUAAAUAAAUAAAUACAUUUCAUCAUUAUUGGUUCUCCUCCAUAGAAUAGUUUAAUAAAUAAAAUGUCAAGAAAAGAGACUAAGAGAAAAGGGAAUCCAAUUUCAAUUUAGGAAUGAAAAGACAUUAAAAACAUCCAAUGUUAAUAAAAAGACAUAAAGAAAAUGAUAUAAUUGAAUUGUAUAAUGAAAAAGUAAACUUUGUCCACUUUCUAAACAGAUAAAUCUAUUGAAUAUAUGUAGCAAUUAAUUCUAUUGUAAUUGUAUGCAAUAGAUUUGUGUUUUUAAAGGAAAAAAUAUGCCGUUAGUUCCAUCUGAGAAGUGUGGCCUGCAUGCGUUGCCCACUUCUCGCCAGCUAGACCUCAGAGGAUUAUUAAAAACUAUUGGGUACUGUUUAUAAAAUCUAACUCUACACACCUCCACAACUAAGUACAUUGUAUUUAUAUAGAAUGUUUCUUAGGCUGCAGUCACUAAGUGUUUUACAGUAAAACUACAGGAGCAUUUUAAAUAUACAUCAAAACAAUCAGCUGUAUUAUUAGCCUGUCUGGUUUCUUCCUUGUUGUUGCUGUUUGCUCACUUAUAUUAUUGGACAGACCUUGAACCUCACAUAUAAACUGGACCUAUGCUGAGAUUUAAUUCCUAAUAGAUGGACUUUAUUCAUUAUUGCGUUCAAUAAUUUUACAUAUAAAAAAAAGCUGCAUACCAAUGUUUGCCACAAAAUGUUUUCUAAGUAAAAAACUUUCACAAA